AUGGAAAAGACUGAAAAGGGAAGAGGAGAUUUUGCUGAUGAUGUUCAUCCUGAAAGGUCAAUAGAUUUAGGAAAUCACCAUCAUCAUCAAGGGCUUUGUGUUUAAAAUAUAGGAAUGGCAUAGUAAAACUCUUCAAGAGAUUUAAAUUAAAUGAAUUAGAUGAUUUUAGGAAACGGAUUGUAUAGUCAGAUCAACCAAAAUGGAUAGAUUGGAAGCUAGAAUAUGAUAAACUUAAAUCAAAUUUCCCAUAGGGACAAUAUAAAUAAUGAACUUCAUCCAGAAUUUAACUUUAUUAGUAUGAAUGGAUUACCAAAUAAUGGCUAUUUCUUUUAGCAAAAUAGUUAUUACAACUAUCCUCGCAGCAUUCAUCACUACUAUGAUGAGUCAUUGUUAAACAUUUCAAUUGCAGAUGAGCGUAGAAAUCAUGAACACUACCCACAUUCUUAAAUAUUUAAACUUGAAAUGAAACCUUAAAAGCAUAUUCAUUCAAUGACUGAAAAAAAGAAUAACUAGGAAAUCCUAAAAGAAAAGCGCAGAAAUAUAGAUUAAGAUGCUUUAGAGUAAAUGGAUCCUGAUUGUAUGAGUGAGUGCUCUCCCUAGCUAAUACCUAAGUUUACAUAUUGUGUCAACAUGCCUUAAAAUAUGCCAAAGGAAUAAUCUUAUGAGGCUUUGAGAAGAGCUAAUGAAUAAAAAUAUACAUUUUUAAAAAAUGCUAGUUAAAAGUUAAAUUAAUCUUUAGUAACCACAAAUUACUAAAACUUUUUAGAAACAUCUUAUUAACUUGCAAAGGAUAAACCAGAAGAGUGUGCUCACCUAUUACUUACUUUAGAAACUCAAUUUGAUUUAAUACUUCAUGUUAAUAUGCAAGUUCCUAAGGAACCUUCUAAAAUAGUGCCAAAGCCCAAUAAUAACGAUUAAGAUGAUGAUGGUGGAGAAGCAGGAGAUGAAGGAGUAAUUUGA